AGGAGCAUAGUUAGAUGUGGGUUUUCUCCGCGCCUACUAAAGAUGAGGAUUAUUUAUUUAUUUUAUUUUAUUUUAUUUUUACUUGGCUAACGGUAACAUAUACAGUCAACAAAAAGUCUGUGACAGCUACGCUCUAAUCUGUCGGGGGCGUUAAUUGCAGCAAGUUGAAGGUCAAAAUAGUAAGCUGGACUUCGUUUUUAAGACAUAUUUGUUAGAUUUUGGCGGUUGUAUACCAGAGGUAGGAAGUAAUCCGAUUAAGAGCGAGAGAGAGGGAGGCAACGGUUUUGCGCCGUUGCUUUUCCUUCUCUCUUGCCUUCAUUUCCACAAGGCCAGAACCAUCUGGUUUUACGGUUCGGCCAAAAUUCCUCCGAUAUUCGAAUUUGAGUGUCCGCUCAAUUAUCCCCGACGUUUUGGCCGUUCCGUCUUCCGUUUCGUUGAUAUAGAAUUUGUUUUUGUUGUCUAAUUUACCUUGAAUUACCGCGUUGUUGUUGCUGCUGCUGUACUUAGUUGGCAUUGUGUCUUUGACUUGGAGUGCGAGCUGCACACGGACAUUGUUAGAAAUGGAAGCCUUUUGGAGCUGAAAAGACGGCAAUAUAUGAUACGAUUAGAAUAAUAAUUUGAAAAUUCAUUUUCUAAAUUCAUUCAACCUGCAUUUGGGAGAUUUCAGACAGAAAUUAGAAUGGCGGUCCACCUUGGGAACGAUGUAGAAAUUCAUCAGUGAAAGCUCCCGUUUUCAAAUGCGUUAACGUUUGUAGUAGGCACUCUCUCACAUGAAAUUGGAGGACUUUGAAGUUUCUGUGGUUUUUUUUUCCGUUCGCAAAGAUACCUGGGUUUUGUUGGCAGCAAAAGGGAAAUUUGAGAGGCGAUGGCUCUGGAGCAGCAGCCUAUGAAGGAAGAGAAAAUUCUUGUUUCGGUUAGGUUGAGACCAUUGAAUCAAAAGGAAAAGACCAAGAACGAUGUUUCAGAUUGGUGCGUCAAAAAUAACACCGUCAUGUACAACAAUAGCCACCCUGAUCGCCCCAUGUCUCCCUCUGCUUAUUCUUUUGACAGAGUAUUUGGAUGGGAAUGUCCCACUAGGAAGGUGUAUGACGAGGGAGCUAAAGAGGUAGCUCUUUCAGCCAUCAACGGCAUCAACUCCACCAUUUUUGCCUAUGGACAAACAAGCAGUGGAAAAACAUACACUAUGAAAGGGAUUACAGAUUAUGCAAUUACAGAUAUAUAUGAUUACAUUGAGCAACAUAGUGAUAAGGAGUUUGUGUUGAAGUUCUCUGCCAUGGAGAUCUAUAAUGAAGCUGUCAAAGACCUCCUCAGCUCUGACAGUGGUCCACUUAGGCUCCUAGACGAUCCAGAGAAAGGGACUGUUAUCGAGAAACUUUCGGAGGAGAUUUUGAGAGACCAGAACCACCUGCAGGAACUUCUUUCCAUCUGCGAAGCUCAAAGGAAGAUAGGAGAGACCUCUCUGAAUGAAACUAGCUCCAGAUCUCAUCAGAUUUUGCGACUGACAAUUGAAAGUUCUGCUCGAGAAUAUCUGGGCAUUGAAAGUUCAAGCACACUAGCAGCUACUGUGAAUUUUGUUGAUCUUGCGGGCAGCGAGCGUGUUUCUCAGGCAUUAUCAGCUGGUGCAAGAUUGAAAGAAGGUUGCCACAUAAAUCGAAGUUUACUGACCCUAGGAGGUGUAAUUCGCAAAUUAAGCAAGGGAAGAAAUGGACACGUACCUUACAGAGACUCUAAACUAACACGCAUACUGCAAAAUUCUUUGGGAGGCAAUGCCAGGACAGCCAUCAUUUGCACUAUGAGCCCUGCACGAAGUCAUGUUGAGCAAUCAAAAAACACCCUGUUCUUUGCAAGUUGCGCAAAAGAGGUGAGUACUAAUGCAAAGGUCAAUGUAGUAACAUCAGAUAAGGCCUUAGUAAAGCAAUUGCAGAAAGAACUAGCAAAAAUGGAAGGUGCAUUGACGAGCUUAACAUCAAAGUCAAUGCAAGAGAAAGAACUUCUGCUUGAACAGAUGAAUAAAGAGAUAAAAGAAUUGACUCGUCAACGUGAUCUUGCCCAAUCUCGGGUUCAGAAUUUGUUACAGUCAGUUGGAGAGGGCCGAGCUCCAAGAAUAGGUGAAAAUUCAGGAUCGGAGGAGUCAUUAGACAUGGGUGUAAAGGCAUACAAAUCAUCUGAUAUUACUGAUAGACCUACUUUACCUAAUUCCAGCAAGCACAACCGACAGCUUUCUGAGAGUUCUGAUGAAUUCUUUCUGCUGGACAGUAGUACUCCACAGUUUGUUGGGCUUGAUCCAUGGCAGGGUUGGAAGGAUAUUGCACAAAAAUCUCUUGCAGAGUCUGAACAUUUUGCACAAACUUCUCAUACAGAACCUGAAGAUAUUACAGAAAGAUGUCAUGCAGAACCUGAAAAUAUUGCGCAAAGAUGUCAAGCAGAAUCUGAAGAUAUUGCACAAAGAUGUCAUGCAGAAUCUGAAGAUAUUGCACAAAGAUGCCAUGCAGAAUCUGAAGAUAUUGCACAAAGAUGUCGUGCAGAAGCAUCUAGUACAGAAUCUGAAGCUAGCUGCAAGGAAAUUAGAUGCAUAUCAAGCAUGGACCAGAACACUUUUGAUUCGUUUUUACCUGGUUCUGAAGUUCUCAUGCAUGAAGAUGUGCCUUCAUCCUCACGGACAGUACCCAUGCAGGAAGAUGCAGCUUCAUCCUCACGGACAGUACCCAUGCAGGAAGAUGCAGCUUCAUCCUCACAGACAGGAGAUAAGGAGUUGAAUCAUGUUAAUGCAGAGUAUGAAGCGAUGCGGCUAAAAAUUCAGGAACUGCAAAGGACAAUUAACAACCUUGUCACUCUUGCCCCCAUAGAACAAUCUCCUUCUUCCUCUGAAUCUAGCUCUAUAAGCUUGGGUAUGUCCAGAAGUCGAAGUUGCAGGGCAGUUGUCAUGAGUCCAUCUUCUUUUGCAUCUAAUGAGGCAGAACGAAACGAGAACGCAACACUUGCUGAAGGCUUUCCACGGUGGCACUCCAGAUCAAGGCAAGGUGCCCACAGUAGAAAUUUAUCCAGGGAAGAUUUUCCAACUUCUGGUCUGAGUGGUCCCUCGGUCACAGAUGGCAGUGGCACCAGGGAUCAUCCUGACGCAGAGGCUAUUAUAGAGCAGGACUUUCCUAACAAAAAGCCAAAAGUCCAUCGGGAGGAUACUUCUCGAUCCAAGUAUGGUGGCCACAGUGGAAAGUUACCCAGAAAAGAUUCUGAUCAAGAUUCUCUGUUGAGUGUUCACAUGGAGACAGAGGAAAGCAGGGAGGCAACUGGCGCAGAGGGCAUUGUUGAAGACUUGCCUAGAAGUUCAAGAGGCUUGAGGUGGAAGCUAUUUCAUAAAUCAAAGCGAACUUCCGAAGUAGGUAGCUCAACCAGAGCGAGUUCUCAGUUAGCUUCUGUUUUGAGUGCUCCAGUGGCCUGGAAAGUUAUCCCCAACGUUUCAGAGUCUGAUAUAGAGGAUAACGUUAGUGUUCUCAAUUUUGAUGAGGAACAAAAUGAAGACAAGUACGAGGUACAAAGAGGAGCAGCACGGAGGAGGCAUGGUCGUAUGGAUAUAGGGCAUUGUGCUUUGAGAACCCAUUCCAAUUGGCGCCUUGAUUUUGAGACACAGAGGGGACUAAUAAUUGAACUCUGGGAUGCUUGCUUUGUGCCAUUGGUUCACAGAGCCCAUUUCUUCCUCCUUUACAAAGGCGAUCCCUCUGACUUUCUCUACUUGGAGGUAGAGCUCAGAAGGUUGAUCAUUAUCAAGGACACUUUCUCCGAGGGAAGCAAUCUUAAAGUUCGUCAAGCUCUCACACCAGCUGCAAGUAUGAAGGUUCUUAAGCGGGAGAGAGAAAUGCUGAGUAAGAAAGUGCACAAGAGGUUCACAUCAAAGAAGGAAAAAGAAAGGCUCUACCAGAAGUGGGGCAUUAGGCUGAACACAAAGCAGAGGAGCCUGCAGUUAGCGAACUUGCUAUGGACGAGCACAAUGGACAUAGGCCAUAUAAGGGAGAGUGCAGCCCUUGUUGCAAAGUUGGUGGGGCUUGUUGAGCCACUUGAGGCUCCCAAGGAGAUUCUUGGACUCAGCUUCUUAUCCCGACCCAUAAACAAGAAAUCCUCCAUCUGGAGAGACUCCAUGUCUACUCUAUAGAAUUUGCGAGUGUUCCAGUUAGACAAGGUGACCGUAGAAACCAUUUUUUGUACAUAUAAUUGUGCCUCACUUCAGCUCAGCGCAGCUCGAAUGUUGAUACUCCAUUGUAAACUAAACGGCAGUCUGCAAUUUUACUAUGAUUCCUUGAUA